UUCUUGUCUUUGCUUGUCAAAGUUAAGAGACCAAAGACAGAAAUAACAAUGUUGAUUAUAUGAGUUGAGUUGUCAAUAAUCAGAAAAUGGCCGCGAAACAGAGUUCAUUGGAACAGGAAGGACAAGCAGCAUCUGAUGAUAUUCCUUUGGCAUCCUUGGAAGAAAGUUUACUGAGCUUGGAGAAGUUAGAUCGUGCUUCACCCGAAUUAUGGCCAGAACAAAUUCCAGGUGUAUCUGAGUUUGCGCCCGUGCAGUCGGGUAAUCAAUCUCCCCCCUCAUGGAAUAAGGGUCUGACUGUUUCAGAUGUUAAUUACAUGCAACAACUCAGUACUCUGUCCACAAGUGUCUUCAUAAUGGAAGUGAAACAACUUCAUGAUCUUGCUUACCAACUAGGACUAGAAGAGGCAAAAGAAAUGACGAGGGGAAAAUAUCUAAACAUAUUCUCAUCUAGACGGCAAAAGUAGUCAGUUUGGCACUGCUAAGUAUAAAAUAAUACAGCAUCUGAUAUGUGUCAUAAAAUGUCAUAUAGAAACAUGAUUUCUGGCAGACAAAGACUACUAAAAAUCAUCAUCUAAUAAUGUAGAUGCUUUUUAAUGCCUCUUUACUGUGAUUGGAAUAGAAACACUAUUAUAAUUUUUAAUAUAUUGUAAAUUUUAUUAUAACAUACAUGUACCCUACAACUUUGUUUUCUU